CCUCUCCUCUUCACCACUCUAAAGGAUGUCUGCUAUACGGCGUGUGCUCAACCGCCGCACACUUGCCUACGCCGCUCUUGCAACUGGCGCUGGCGCUGGUGGCGGCUACUACUACCUCAACUCCGGCCCGGCCUACCCCCCUUCUACCCUCCAGUCUCGCCGUCCACCUCCACCAUGGACGCCCCCCUCUCGCGAGGCCAUGCUCGAGCAGCUUCGCGCGUCUGCAUUAGACCCCAACGCCGAGUUCGAUUUGCUGAUUGUUGGAGGUGGAGCUACAGGCGCUGGUGUUGCUGUCGACGCUGCCACUCGUGGACUCCGCGUCGCGCUUGUUGAGCGAGACGAUUUUAGUGCUGGUACAUCCUCCAAGUCAACGAAACUGGUUCAUGGAGGCGUGCGCUACCUCCAGAAGGCCGUCUUGGAGCUCGACUAUGAGCAAUACAAGCUCGUCCGAGAGGCGCUCCACGAGCGCCGCAUCUUCCUGCACACCGCCCCGUAUCUCUCGCACAUGCUUCCUAUCAUGCUUCCCAUUUACAAAUACUGGCAGGUGCCGUACUACUGGAUGGGUUGCAAGAUGUACGACGUCCUCGCUGGCAAGGAGAAUAUGGAGUCGUCAUAUGUUAUGAGCAAGGGCAAGGCACUCGAGACUUUCCCUAUGCUCAAGAGCAAUGGGCUUGUUGGUGCCAUUGUCUACUAUGACGGCCAGCACAACGACUCGCGCAUGAAUGUCGCUCUCAUCAUGACUGCCGUCAAGCAUGGUGCCAUCGUUGCGAACCACUGUGAAGUCACCGACCUGCACAAGAACAGCGAAGGCAAGCUUGACGGCGCACGGGUCAAGGAUGCUCUCACUGGCAAAGAGUGGAACGUCAAGGCCAAGGGCAUCAUCAACGCAACAGGCCCAUUCAGCGACACCCUCCUGACGCUCGACAACCCCGCGCACAAGCCGGUCGUGCAGCCCUCGGCCGGUAUCCACAUCACGCUACCCAACUACUACGCGCCGCGCACGAUGGGCCUGCUCGACCCCGCCACGUCCGACGGGCGCGUCAUCUUCUUCCUGCCCUGGCAGGGCAACACCAUCGCGGGGACGACGGACUCGCCCGCGCCGCUCGAGGCCGCGCCGCGCGCGGGCGAGGACGAUAUACGGUGGGUGCUCGAGGAGGUGAGGCGCUACCUUGCGCCGGAUAUCACUGUGCGCCGCGGGGACGUGCUCAGCGCGUGGAGCGGGCUGCGGCCGCUUGUGAGCGAUCCGGCGGCGCAGGGGGGCACGGCGGGGCUCGUGCGCAACCAUGUUGUGCAUCUGAGCCCUGGGGGGUUGCUUACGAUUGCGGGCGGUAAGUGGACGACGUACCGCGCGAUGGCGGAGGAGACGGUCGAUGCGGCGGUGAAGGCGUUUGGGCUGGAGAGCCGUGUUAAGAACGGGUGUGUUACGGAGGAUGUAAGGCUGGUUGGGAGCGAUGCGUGGAGCAGGAAUAUGUUUAUUGGUCUGAUUCAACGGUUUGGUCUCGAGACGGACGUGGCAAAGUACCUCUCGGACAAUUACGGCGACCGCGCAUGGACGGUUUGCUCGCUGUCUCACCCAACGGGCGAGGCAUGGCCCUUGCAUGGUAUCCGCCUCAACCGCAACUACCCCUACAUCGAAGCCGAGGUCCGCUACGCCGUCCGACACGAAUACGCACAAACCGCCGUAGACGUCCUCGCGCGGCGCACACGCCUCGCAUUCCUCAACUCGCGCACCGCGCUCGCCGCCGCCCCGCGCGUCGUCGACAUCAUGGCCUCCGAGCUCGGCUGGUCGCGCGCGCGCCGCGCCGCGGAGCUCCGCGCCGUGCACACCUUCCUCUGCAGCAUGGGCAUCCCCGCCGACGCGCCCCUGCCCGCGCUGCUCCCGCGCGGCGCGCUCGAGCACGCGUGGGACGGCGCGUGGCGCUUGGGUACGGGGGCGCUCGCGCUGGUUGGGCUCGGGACGGGCGGCGGCGCGUGGGCGAGGGGCCCGGGGGUGAUGUAUAGUCGGGCAAGGUACGAUGCGGGCGAGGUCGAGGCGCUGCGCGAGCUGUUUGCGCGGCACGCGCAUGUUGCGCCGGAGGCGGCGGGGGGUGCGGCGUCGGACGAGAAGGCGACGGCGGCGGCGGCGACGGCGGUGGAGGAGCAAGAGAAGGUAAUCAGGAAGGAGGAGCUGCGCGAUGUGCUCGGGGGGUUCCCUGGGUACGAGGGUAUUCCGCCUGCGGACUAUGAGUAUGUGCUCGAGGAGGCGGGCUUUGCGCAGAGGCGGGAUCUGGAUCUUGACGAGUUCAUCGAGAUUUGCGGCUCGCUCAAGGAAGUUGCUUUUGCACCCCCGGUGUCGAACAAGGUCGAGCGUAAGCGGAUACCGGUCGAGAAGAGCGGUGGUGGUGUCUAAGCUCUGCAUCUGAAAUAUCCAUUUAGCUGUACAUACAACCCGUCCUUAGUGCGACGUCUCGAAAACUCACUGCUGCACCAGGAUGGAACAUCUCUGUUCCCCCCAUAGACUGUCGCGAUUGUACUUCGCCUGUAAAUGCCGAUUAAUCUCUCUUAGGACGAUACAGCAUCUGGCUCUCGGGUACUCAUGCGAAAGACAUCUGCCUUUGCAUUCGUAUUGCGCACCGAGUAAACCAGCGACAAUGCACAGACCGCUAUAAUAGGACACAGGCCAUUUUUGUCAUGUUCCUCUAUUUAAUAGGUUAUUGGUCACCACAAAC